CAGUUUUUCCAACUUCCCAACAUCCUCGCUGCAGUUAUUUGAAAGAGAAAAUAAAUAAAAUAGCUACAAUAGAAAAGAAAAUCCCAAAACAGAAAUUUCCCCCCUAUUUCCCAUAACCCCAGACAAAGACUGAAUGAAUGCCGAAUUGUUUCUUAGCCACGAAAGGAAAGUAAGAGUGAAAUCCGCCGCGGUAGCAGGAAAAUUUACUUAGUAUGUCAUAGCAGCGAUAGCAACGGAGUGUUGUGGAGUCUGCGUAAUUGGCAAGACAAGAAGUCAAGGAAAGCUAAAAACAGCAACAACAACAACAACAUUUAGAAAAUGUCAUUUGUUAAUAAGCCGGUUGCUAAAUAACCAUCAAGCUCUACAAAAACAACAAAAGCGACGAGGCCAUUGAAGCUUUGUUGGUGGGGGACCGACCAUUUAUGGAGACACCGAUUUUAGUGGUUUCUGUUGAUGUUCAUUUCCAUCUCUCCCUCUCCCCCUUCUCCGGCUCUGAAUCAUUUGUCAUCCAGCAGCAGAUUGUGAUCUGAUAGCCUGCCGCAUUGGCCACAGAAGAAAGCCUUAAAAAUUUUAAAAUUUUGUAAAACAAUGGCUGUACAAAACCAAAGAUUACCAAAAGAUAAUUUAAAGUCAGCAAUGCCAGUGCCACCACCACCAUCAGCCGUCAUGGCUCCAUCACCAUUUGCAGCAACAACACAAACGACAUCAGCAGCUUCAGCUAAUUUAUCAAUGCCCACGACAAAAGCCAACUAUCAGGCGCAGGCGCCGCCAACAGCAGCAGGUUCAUCAUCAUCAGCAACAGCAGCAACGACAAUAAAUCCGAACUCAUCAGCACCUGCACAUCAGCAGCCAUCAUCAUCCUCCACCUCUCCAAAUGCGGUGACAUCAGCCCAAACGAAUGCCAAUGGUGGACCCCGAGUGUCAUUUAAUCGAGAUGUUCAUGUCAAACGAAUUGGAAAACGUUCCAACGAUUUAACGAAUUUCGAAACUACAAAUCUUCUGCCACCCCAACAGUACGUGGCCCCUGCCUACCAUCAAUUGCCUGCCGAUUUAUCUGCCGAAAAUAUACAAAAAGAGGCUGCCUUGGUCUUGGCCCAAGCGAAGCGCCAUAAAAGCAUUGCCGAGAAUGGUGAUAACAUACCCACAUUUCGGGUGAAAACUAAACGUUCGGGAGAAUCGGCGGCCACAAAUCCCAAAAAGUUCCAUUCCUUGCCUUCACGUAAGAAAAAGCCACCUGCCGCCAAGCCGGUGACGCGCAGCAGCAGUGACGCAGCUGGCAAGAAGCCCACAAAGAGGCCCUCCAUAUUUAGCCUGUUUAGCCGGAAAAGUGAUACGAAUAUCAAUCAGGCGGAAAGGGAUCCACGUUUCGAGGAUAGCGGAGGUCGUCGUUUGGUGCGCAGUAAAAGUGAUGUGGGCUCCUCGUCGUAUCGUUUGAAGAAGGUCUUAAAGGAACCCAAGUCAGCGUUAUCGGCCGGAUCAAAUAAACAUUUGCCCACCCAGCUGAGUCCCAUCAUCGAAAACGAUUCCAAGGACGAUUACUUCGAAGAGGAUUUCGCCAAGCACACACGAGUACGCCGCAAAUCGGAAGCCAUCACAGAUAAGGAAAAACAUGAAAGUGCCAUCAAUGAGCUGUUAGGUCGUAGCCGCUCCCAGCCGGAAGUCGAUGGUGUUGGUCUGGUGGGACGCAUACCAGUGUCCGACGUUAUAAAAGAGAAAAUUCUAAGCCUACAAGCCAAGUCACAAGAGAACAUGCAUAGCUCCCAGUUGCCGGUGCAGAAAUUGCCGCUGACCAAGGGUCACACGGUGAAUGGUAUGGUGAAACGUCUGUCCAUGGAAAGGUUUUCACCCCCGCCCACCAUAUCGGGCCCAGCCUUCUCCUACAUACGGCCCAAUGAGGGUAUUACCUAUGCCCAGCUGGAGCUGCAGGAUGAGCCAGCAUCCAGAACCACCCUGCCGCGUCGGGAAUACACCCGCUCCCCGGUAAGGGAAUAUCGCUCCCCCGUACGGGAAAUGCGUUCCCCCUCCCGGGACAUUUUCACCCCGGAUCGUGAACUCGUUACGACCACCGUAAUAAAUCGCAGCAUUAGCAAACCUGAGGAUCAAACCGAUUUCAUUGGAACUAGUCAACGCAACAACUACUCGCCCAGCUACAACACCAACAAUGGCACCACCACCAUACACAUUGGUGGCUCGUUCUCCCCCUCACCCUGGCAAAUGUUGUCGCCACGCAAUCUCAGCGAUGAGGAUGAGGGUUUGGGUCUAGAGACCCGCAAAUAUUAUGAAGAUGAGCAACUCAAACGCAGUAAGUCGCCAGCCGAACCGCCCAUUGUUCCCAAGAUACGCAGCAUUACGCCACCGCGGGAGAAUGGCUAUCAUGCCGGAGAACGUUAUCACACACCCAAUCGUGAUGUGAAUCCCAACGAUGAUAUGGGUUAUCGUCGGGCCCGUUUGGAGUCCCGGAUCCUAACCCGGCGAUUUGGUGACUCUGGCACCCUGGAACGUAAUGGCUAUUCGCGGGAGAACUCCCAUGAACGUCUGCUGGAGGAGCGUGAAAAUUAUCCACCCAAACGUUAUCUCAGCCCCGAAAGGGAGUUGCAUCGGGAACCCUAUGAGCCCAUGCGUUAUCACAAGCCCGAGGUAAAGGAGAUCCUGAAUAAAUAUUCUCCCGAGAGGAGUCAUCUCGACAUUAUCUCUCCCUCGACGGUGGUUGCGCCACCACCCAAUGGCACCAUGGAAAAGACAUCGCGUUACAAACACACCAAAUACUAUGAUGAUGGUCAUGGUGGGGUUAAGGAGGUCUAUGAACGGGAAACCCAAUUCGACACGGAUGGGAAGCCUCAUGUACGCGAAACCAGACACCGGGAACGUCUGGACUCCUACACGGGUAAGGUGAUACGCGAAAGUUCACCCAUAAUAGAGCCACGACAUCGUGAGCGUUUGGAUUCGUAUAGCAAAAAUGCCCGAGAUAGUUCUCCAUCGCUUUUGGAGGCAAGACACAGGGAACGUUUGGAUUCGUUUACCCACACAAAGACCACCCGGGAUAGUUCACCGCUCAUGGAGCGACAAUUGAUUACGGACUAUGAACCCAAGUCAUUUGAUUCACAAUUCACGACGACCGAUCAAUAUCGUUCGUCACCGGAAAAUAUGAAACGUUAUGAUAUGAAUUCAGAUCGAGGGGUGAAUACAGGGCGGCUAAGUAGUGAAGAUCGCUGGCACAGCAGCUUGAAGAGGGAUAAGCUGCAACAGCGAAGCUUUGACAAGGGCGAUUCGGGUAUUGAGAAUGAUUUCCGCAAGGAGUCGUUCAAUGGAGACCUGGUGACACGAUGGCGCAAACCCACCACUGACGACAACAUUAAAUCCUGUGAGAGUUUCCUGAAAAAAGAACGUCGCUACUGUGAACACGAACGCCAACCAAGGCGAUCCGAAAACUACGCCUAUCGCGAACGCUCCAUAGACGAUGGCUCACAUUUCGAUCCCAAUUUGGAUAAAUAUCACGGCAGCAGUGCCACUCUAAAGCGUCGCGAUCAACAAUCGCAGACAGUUCACCAUGAUCAGGAGAAAACGAGUACCUCAACGCUGAAGCGUUCCAAGAAAUUGGGUGGCUUUGAGAAAGUCAAGCAGCUCUUUACCGGUGGCAACACCAGUGGCGAUAAAAAGGACCCUGAGCGCAAGAGCAUGAGCAGCAGCACCAGCAGUAGUGCCGGUACCCAGCAGACCAUUAAACCAAAAGAUAAAGACAAAUAUAUGGUCAAGGAGGAGGAGAUACGAUCACGUUAUCGUGUCAACGGUGUGGUGACCAAUGGCAGCAGUAGUAGCGGUGGUGAACGCGGAGGAGGAGGAGUUGGUGUCGCCACACAAACUCCGGAGAGCAUAAGGGAACCAAAGGCCAUUGACAUAUCCAUGCGUCGUCGUUUGUCGACCCCAAAAGCUAGUCCACUUUUAUUGAAACGUACCUCAUCGGAUAAAAAUCGCAAAGAGUCGCCCUUGGCUAAGCCGGAGAAGACCAGUUGGUUUAAGUCGCUGGAUCGCCGAGCCAAAAGUAAAUCCAAGGAGAAGCUCAACUCCACAACGGAAACCUCGAGUUUGAAGAGAAGCAAAAAUAGCCAUCACAGUACGUCAACACCUCAAGCCCCAGCCGCAACCAAAAAUCUAAGAUUUUUCGGUGAUACAGAUUUGGAUUCGAAUCCGCCCACAAUAUCCAAGGGCACAACGUUGCAUAAAUCUCGUCCGCCAAUAUCCAGUAAUCUAAAUCGUUCGCAAAAGUAUUCCCAAAGUGCCUAUCACAUUGAUCGCAUACGUUCCGAUAGUCCGCAGCGGGAUGAUUAUCGCCAUAGCUUGGCAUCGGGCAGCAAAUCGUUGGGCCUAACCAGCACCACGACCAGCAGCAGUGCCACAACGGCAACAGGCUCUUCCACCCGUCAUAAGAGUAAUUCCAUGCACAACUUGGAUAAUCAGGGUAACGAUGAAGUUGAUUUUCGUCGCAGACGUCAUUACUCACGUUCACGUGAGCUGGAUCACAUAUCGGAAAGUGGUUCCGAGACCGAAGAUCAGGAAACAAAAUUGAGACCAGGUUUAAUGGCAGCGCGCACACUGUCACGGGAUCGCUUGGAUCGUACAACGCGAUAUGAUGAGCAUUCAUAUCGCCGCAGUAACGAGAGGCCAAUAUCGUCGACACCAAAUGGUGGCGAUACCAGUAGCGGUACUCAGCCACCACCUCAGGCGCCGUCGCAUCAACAUCAGCCAAGGAGGACCCAACCCUAUCUGAUGGGUCCACCCAAGCCAGCACGUAGUGCUGAACGAAGAGCAAUGUCUUAUUCAAGAGAACGUGAUCGUUUCCCUGCCGAAAGUUCCGGUACUGAGGGCGAAUCCAGCCUCCAUAGUCAACGCAGUGUGGUCUAUUUGCAUGCCACAACCGUAGGUGCCAUACCACAGCCAUAUCAGUUGAGACGCCGCUCCAUAUCGCGUGACGACUUGCGUUCGAACAAAUCCAAGGCGACGAAUCAACCACUACAGCCAAUGACACGCACCGUAUCACGUUCGGUCUCAAUGCUGGCACCGUGGAAACCAAAAUUGAUCAGUGAAGGCUAUGAAAUCAAUUAUUCUCAGGAACAAAAUAAAACGAUGGCAACACUGCCCCGAAAACCACCAGCGCAUGGCGGCAGCAGUACCAUGACACGCUCAAGUCGAAAAUCCGAACCACUGUCAACGCGAAAUGGUACACGACGCCAUUUGGACUACACGAAAGACGACCAGUCAUCGUUGAGGAAUUCAUCGACCACAAGCGCUUCUAAAUCGGGACUAUCGACGAAUUUACAUCGUAAAAAAUAAACAACAACAAUAACAACCAGCAAAUGCUACGAUUUACGAGAGUUUUAUUUUUAAGUGUCUAUUUAAGGAGAAGAGACCACACACAACUAAAUGUCCGUAUUAACCAAAUGCAAUACUUCUAACUUAUGAUGUAGCCUGAGGAAGAGGAAACGAUUACAGCAACAACAACAAAAAUGAAGAAAAUAUUUUUACUAAUAAUAAUAAUUUUCUAAUCCUAAACAGUAAUCCUUAAAAAAAAGUAGGAAGCUAAUUGAAUGAGAUAUAAGUAAAUUUUAAGUGAAAAAAAAUCGAAAAACGGGAAGGAAAACGACAAGAAAAGAGUCAGCAUAUAUAUUAUCUUUCCGCUCAGCUUUAUGAAAGCUCAACAAUAAAAAGGUGCACUCUUUAAAAUUAAACAUCAAAUAAAGGAAAAAAAACAACACUUGUUGGAAAUAAUUACGAAUUACAUACCUUCGAUUUGUAGUUAUGUAAGGUUUAAUUUUUAUUAAAUAAUAAAAAAUAAUAAUUUGUUUUUCUUUUUUCUUUAUGGAAUUCUAAUCAUAUAUUUUGAUAAGUGUAUGAAACAUAUAACAGCAAUAAUGGUUAUUGAACAAAAGUUGGCUUAGCUUUAAAGCUUUAACAAUUUUCAUUUCUCUCUUACCGCUCGAUAAUGUUAAGUUUUUAAGUUCUUAAUAAUUAUUAAUAAUAUUAUUAAUUUCUCUUAUUAAUAUUUUUGUUUUGUAAGUGCGUACGAGUUUACUAAAAAACCAGCGAUAAAAAAUGUAAUGAAGUAAUUUUUUCUUUUUGUAUUAAUUUA